AUUGGUCUGAAUGUUUAGCUCAGUUCGAGGCGCGCGGCGACCAGGCAGCUCUGGACAGGGGCUACGCUAGGUUUUGCAAGCUUUUCGAGGAUGAGAUGAUAGGUAUCCAUGGCGUUGACAAUAGUGAUGCGCACAAGUAUCGCGGUCGGGCCAAAGGAAUGAAGACCAACAUCGAUCCAGCUGUUUCAGUCUCGGGCGGUGCAUACCCUGUGUCUUCGGCCAAAGGGAGAGCUUGGAGGAAGUGGUCCAUCCACAUUCAGGAGCUUAGCUAUCUCGUCAAGAAAGGAGUGCCUUUGGACCGACCAGAUACCAGAUCAGUUUUUUUCUCCAUGUGCUACAAGGGCCUGCAGCGCUCCGUGCCGACCCUUUUUUGGCAAGAGUGCGCAGUCUCCGAGACGGACCUGUUUUGCCUCGACUUCUGUGGCCUCGUGCAGUUGUGCGCCAAGGGGCCCAUGGGGCGCAUCGACGACCUCAUGGAAGAGUGGGCUAGGAUAUGGAGCCCCAAGCCCAGCAUGAAGGACCUCCCUGAUCCCAUCAGCCUCCUCACCGAGAAGAUCUCCGAGUCCUCCGAGGAGCCCAUGGUCUUGGCCACGCCCGAUCAGAUCCGAAAGUGCUCCAGGAAGUUCAAGGCCAGGACGGCGAUAGGCGCUGAUAGGACACACCCCAGGGAUUUCGAGAUCCUCAGCGACGGGGCCCUGGAGUGCGUGGCUGCUCUCUGGUUUUGGAUGGAGUCUCUUGGCAAGCCCCCCGAGGUCCUGGCCACGAUUAUCAUAGCCAUGAUCCCAAAGGACGAGGAAGGUGGA